GGAGAAAAACUUGAACCAGUUGCAUUUUUGUUAUUUAUUCAGCGGUCUUAGUUUGACUUGUAAGGCGCGUAAUAAUAAAAGCCGAGAAAGUAUGAUUCAUCUCUCCCACUCCCCCAAUAUAAUUUAGUUUUGAAGAACUCGCCAGAAAUCGGAGAAAAAAGAGAAUGGAUCCAAGGCUUUUCCAGGCAGUGACAAGGAAUCAGAAAAGGCGUUUCAAUAAGCUGGUGCGCCAGAAUUUUGAAAUUGUGAAGCAGAUAUCAGAAGAGACGGGCAACACGGCGCUGCACUUGGCGGUGAGGCACGGCCGCGUGGAGUUGGUGAAGGAGAUCCUGAGCCUGUGGCCGGAAGCUGCAGAGGUGGAGAAUCUGAAGCAGGAGACACCAUUCCACGAAGCUUGUAGGGAAGGAGAAGCCCAAAUCUUGAGGGUUCUGCUGGAUUCGCCAUGGGGCAGUUCCGAACUCAUCGGCCGUCAAAAUCGGAACCUCUUGUUCUUGGCCUGCACCAAAAGUCACGUGGAGGUUGUCGAUAUCCUUCUGAAUCAUCGCCGGAUCCACCACUCCAGCUUCGACCGUGUGGCUGGUUUUCUUGAGGCUACUUCUCGAGGACACCUCGGCGUGGUUCAGCAGAUAUUACAAAAGUUCCCAAAAGCGGCCAGAAAGGUGGACGAGAAUGGCUUUUCUGGUCUGCACAAUGCUUGUUUAAGCGGCCACGUGGACGUAGUGGAGUAUCUGUUGGGUCGUGAUCCUUUUAUGGCUCGCCAAUUCACAUACUCUGGCUAUACGCCCUUGCACUUGGCUGCCAUGAACGGCAAAACCCAGAUUAUUAAAGUAUUUUUGCAGCGCAGUCGUUUGUCGUUUUUCGAUCAUACGAAACAGGGAGUUCCAAUUCUUCAUCUCACCAUUCGCCACAACCAAUUCAAAACUUUUCUCCACUGCGCUCAAAGUUCCGAGAAGGAAGGAUCACUCAUCAAUUCUGUUGACCUCGAUGGUAAUACUAUUUUACAUGUUGCAGCAGAGUCUGGGCGAGUAAAGUUUGUAAAAUUCUUGAUCAAUGAAAUGAGAAUGAUGAUAAAUCGUCAGAAUUCAGAAGGGCUGACACCCCUUGACAUGCUAGACAACCUUGCUGCUAGUGACACUAAGAAGUUCAAAAUUCUUGAAGAUAUGUUAAGAAACGCUGGCGGAAAGAGAAAAAUAGAACUUACGAAUUCGACUAUUCCAACUAGCAACAAAGGAGAAUUGGUUCGGGAAUGGGUUCAUUCUUUGGAUCCAAAUUUGUUGGAGGAGGAUGGUUUGCAAAAGAUUGACUUAGAUCGUGACGAGAAGGAAGAUGAAGAGAUUGAGCAUGAAAAUUUGGGGAGCAAUAAUGUUAUCCAUGCUCAUGAUGAACAAGUUGAUCAAGCAGAGAAAAAAUAUGGGUAUGUGCUUCCGAACAACUUGGACAAGCAAAAGCAUCUGAGUCAAAAGCGACGAAAAGUGCUAGUAAGCAAAAUGGAUGGGUAUCGUUCUCAACGAGAAAAGCAACACAACAUGUAUAAGGAGACAUUGCAAAAUGCAAGAAACACGAUUACUUUAGUUGCAACUUUGAUUGCUACAAUUACGUUUUCUGUGGGCAUAAACCCCCCGGGCGGGAUUCACCAAGACGGUCCACUUAUUGGGAAAGCAGUAUUCGCCAAAACGAAAGGCUACAAGGUAUUCAUAAUAAGCAACAGCAUUGCAUUGACAACAUCUCUAUCCAUCAUGAUCGUUUUAGUGAGCAUCAUCCCUUUCAGAAGAAAAUUACUGCUACGACUUCUUAAGAUUACUCAUAAAGUGUUGUGGGUGUCUCUAGCGUUCAUGGCGAUGGCUUUCACAUCGGCCACAUGGCUCACCUUGCCACAAGAUUACAAAACAAAUUGGCUUCCAAAUGUGAUAUUGGCGGUAGUGGGAGGAACUAUGGGAACAUUUUUCAUUUAUUUGGGAGUAGAGUUGGUAAAGCAUUGGAUGAGAAAGCUCAAGUGGAGAAGAGAGAGGGUCGAGAAGCCAACUAUUUCGGCCAGCAAUAAUUUCGACGGCAAUUCCGACCAUCAAUCCACAGAUGAUCAAUCAUCUAAUAAAGCUAAAUCAGACAUAGAACAACGUGAUCUAAGAAAGCUCUAUUCAUUCUCAACUAAUUCCGAUGUUGCUAGCUCUAGAGGUCGAGGUGGUCACGUAUACUAAAUACAUGUUUGUGAGUGAUUUUAUCUAGAGUGCUUUAAUUUUGAAUAGUUUUGUAAAAUAUGUUUAAUAAAAAGUUAUUUUAUUAUUUAGUUAU